AACUGUGAAGUAAAUUAAAUGUGGUUUGGUAUCAAGAUGUCGAUAGAGAAAGAGAGAGGAAAAGAAGAAAAAAGAAAAAGCUGGUAAGAAACCGUGUGUUAAAGCAAACAGCAACAAGAAGAAGAAGAACAAGGAUCUUGAUUUCAUAUCAUUCCUCUCGUCUCUCUUUCCAUUUCUCUGUAUGCUAGAAGAACAAGGUAGUGGGGGUAAAUUGCUACUGAAGGUGGUCUUAAUUAUAUCAGAAGACGUUGCCUUAUAAUCCAGAUUAUUCGGUCAUUAAAAGGAAGAGUUCUCUCAUAAUUGGUAUAUGAGGGGUUUGGUUUACAACUUUGAUUUUUGGUUGCUUAAAGGUAGCAUCUCUAGGGUCUUCUUUUAUCGAAGGUGUUUGUAUUUGAAUUGCUGUAACUAUUAGUAUUUAUUACCAACAAGAGGAAACUUAUUUAUGUGGGCAUCCUGGAGGAAAUAGGUUGUGGAAAUUUUCUGGUUUAAGUUAAAUGUCGUUUCGGAGUAUAGUGCGUGAUGUUAGGGAUGGGUUUGGGAGCUUAUCCAGACGUAGUUUUGAGGUGAGGUUGCCUGGACAUAAUAGGGGAAAAUCUCAAGGUUCUGUCCAUGAGAUACACGAUCAGCCUGCUUUGGUGGUUCAGAAUGGACGUUGGGCUAAUCUUCCACCGGAGUUACUUCGUGAUGUUAUUAGGAGGUUGGAGGCAAGUGAAAGCACAUGGCCGUCUCGCAAACAUGUAGUUGCAUGUGCUGCUGUAUGCAGAACAUGGAGAGAAAUGUGCCAAGAAAAUGUUAAAGGUCCAGAGUUUUGCGGGAAGCUUACCUUUCCUGUGUCCCUAAAGCAGCCAGGGCCUCGUGAUGGAACAAUUCAGUGUUUUAUUAAGCGGGACAAAUCUAACUUAACUUAUCACCUUUUUCUGUGCCUGAGUCCUGCAUUGCUAGUUGAAAAUGGAAAAUUCCUUCUUUCCGCGAAAAGGAAUCGACGAACUACUUGCACUGAGUAUGUGAUCUCAAUGCAUGCUGAUAACAUAUCAAGAUCAAGUAGCACUUACAUUGGAAAACUGAGAUCCAACUUCCUUGGCACAAAAUUCUUAAUCUUUGACACGCAACCUCCACAUAGUGGUGCCACUGUCCCCCAUCCUGGAAAAACAAGUCGAAGAUUCUACUCCAAGAAAGUGUCUCCUAAAGUUCCUACUGGUAGCUAUGACAUUGCUCAAGUCACUUACGAACUGAAUGUACUUGGAACUCGUGGUCCCCGGAGAAUGCAUUGUACAAUGCACUCCAUUCCUGCAUCAGCCCUAGAUGCAGGUGGAAUAGUCCCUGGCCAAACUGAACUCCUUCGACGGGCUCUCGAAGAGUCAUUUGGUAGCAUCCCUUUCUCCAAGUCAAUUGUUGACCAGUCAGUUGACUUCAGCAGUGCUCGUUUCUCAGACAUUGUAGGUGCACAUGGUGGCGAUGACGAGGAAGGCAAAGAGAGACCUUUGGUUCUUCGAAACAAAGCUCCUAGAUGGCACGGACAGUUGCAAUGCUGGUGUUUGAACUUCCGCGGACGAGUAACGGUUGCUUCAGUUAAGAAUUUCCAAUUAAUUGCUGCCACGCAGCCUGCAGCUGGUGCACCAACGCCAUCACAGCCAGCCCCACCAGAACACGAUAAAAUCAUUCUCCAAUUUGGUAAAGUCGGAAAGGAUAUGUUCACCAUGGAUUAUCGUUAUCCUCUCUCUGCAUUUCAGGCUUUUGCUAUCUGUUUAAGCAGCUUCGACACCAAGUUGGCUUGUGAAUAAUAGGAGGAAAAAGAAGGAAAAAGUAGAACAACCGUGGUAAGAAAUGAAUCGGGACUGUAACACGUAAAUUGCCAGUUUUCUUUUCUUUCUCAGUAGGAUUAGUAGAAGAAUGUUGAGAUAAAGAAUCAGUAAAAGAUUAUGUGAAACUUAAUUGUAUCAGGUUGAGUGGCAGCACAGUAACUGACAGGAAAUCUUUUAGAUCCUCUCUUUUUUUUCUCUUUUCUUUCGAAAUCUCAAUUGUUAACUGUUCUGAAUACUAAAUAUACUGUAUGCCAGGUUUCAGCUUAACCAUAGUAUUUACAACA